AUGCAUUUUGAAUUUAAUAAAAUUGAUAUAAACUUUGAGAAGGAAGGGGAGAAUUUACAGUUAGCAUUAAGUAAGUUUAAAGAAGCUAUCAGAAUUGAUCCAAAUCAUGCUGAUGCAUACAAUAGCACGGGACUUAUCUAUUCUAAUGAAAAGAGACAUGAAGAAGCAAUAAAGCAUUACAACGAUGCAAUUAGAAUCGAUCCAAACUGUGCACUUUAUUAUUCAAAUAAAGGAAAUGCUCUAUAUGAGAUAGGCAGAAGAGAAGAAACUAUGGAAUGCUAUAAAGAAGCUAUCAGAUUGAUCCAAAUGAUCUGAUGCAUGCAAUGGCAUAGCAAUUAUUUUCUAUAA